AUGAUGGAAAUAAACCUUGCUCGCACCGAUUUUGCACAAGUUGGUACAACAAAUCGCUCAUGCAUGCGCGUCAUUCCAUCGCAGAAAGCUGAGAAAUCAAAAAAGAAACGAAAUUUGGAAAGGAUCGUUGUCGGAAGUCAAAAUGGUUGUGUUAUCUGCAUUUGUCGGAAGGAUAACGAUACUCAGAUAAUUUACAAAACCUUGCCAGGCCCACCGAUUGAAGCAAUAUGUUUAGGAGGAGCAAUAGGUACGCUACAAGACAAGGUAUUCGUGGCAUCUGGGAGCAACGUACGCGGUAUUGGCAAAAAAGGAAAACAAUUUUUUUCCUUCGAUACCAGUAUGGCAGAAACGGCGAAAAGAAUGUUCAUCUAUGGAGUUGAUCUUCUCCUGACUGGCCAGAAGAGCGUCAAUCACUAUCACGAUUGUGCUGAUGCUAACUACGUGCUUUGCCCUGGUGAUAUCAACGAUGUCGUAUGCCUUUUAUCGUCUGGUGGAGCAUGGAGUGGACGGCCGUUUACUACGGUAGUUGCAUGUGAUGAUGCUACAAUUAGGGUAAUUGAAGGAUCUACAGUCGCAUAUGAAGUGCAACUGAGCUCAGUGCCCGUUACACUUUAUCUUUUCAUGGGUGAUGGAGGUCAUACCAAACAACUGGUCCUAUACGGAACUCGAGACGGUAGGCUUGGCCUUAUUGAUCUGAAACCGAAACAAGGUGAUAUCAGGUGGGAAAUCAAUACAAAAAGCACUGGAGCAAUUACUGCCAUCAAAUGUUACCACUUCACACAUUCUGAUCAUCCUGACAUUCUAAUCGGGAAGGAUGAUGGUGCUGUUGAAAUUUAUACGGUGGACAGCGAGGAUAAUUGCACGUUUGCCGGAUCCUACAACUGCGAUGAAUCAAUCACGUCUAUUGGAUGCGGUCGUAUAACCCGCGAAGAUGAGGAGGAAAUCGUGAUUUGCACUUAUACAGGUUGGCUCUUUGCGUUGGCACAGUCAAAAGGUGCAGCUUCUGCAGUGACACCCAAGGCUGCUAGUGUCAAUGUUAAAGUUCAACAGUUAAGAAGUGAAAUCGAAGAGUUAGAGACCAAACUCAAUGAGGAACGAACUCGUUACGGAGAGCUGACCAAGAAAGGUGGCAACCAGGCUGCCUACAUACCAACUUUUCAGAUUCACGAUUCUUUCGAGUUUUCGCCACAGCAUAAUGCAUAUUCACUUACGAUCGAACUGGUCCUACCAAUAGAUUUCAUUAUUGUGCAGAGCAAAAUGCCUGCAAAAUUGGUAGAAGUCGAGCGAAAUGCUUCAGUUGUUUGUCAACAAAGCCAGAGCGAAUAUAAUCCCUGGCCCCUAUUGGCUUCUUAUCGAUGUCAAGCGAAUGUAAGCCGUAUCGAGUUGCGUGUCAAGGUAGACGAAGGCACACAUGGAUCCAUUGUGGUUUACGUAUGCCCAAAAAUUCAUCCAAAAACAGUCCAGAUUCGAUCAUACGAGGUCAAACCCUUAAGUUCUCACACGAGAGUCCAUUCUUUCGACAUGACGAGGCCUCUCAACACUUUGUCCUUUUCGGGGAGCUUUUCCCUGGAUGAAGCGCAUUCGUGGCUAUCUAUGAUUGUACCCGGGGUUCCUACAAAACCUCCUGCCACUGAUACAGUAAUUGUGAAUUAUCAGUCGACAUCACCGGCUGCUACUCAGCUUCAGACAACAUAUUCGAAGGGAAUGAUGUCAUUUCGGUCCGACUCAGUGUCAACAAUAGCUGUAGUUCGAGAGAUAGUCAGCGAAGAGACAACCAAUAGGCAAAUAAAAGUUCAGAUCUCAUGUGACCUUAAUGAUGCCAGUAUAGACUACUGUCUCAAGCAACUACAUCCCCGAAUGACACAUCUAUUGAAUCUUGAGAAAAGAAAACUUAUGGCAGCAGCAUUGAAAGAACUGGAAGCAAACAGCGGCGACAUUUCCUUUUUAUCAGAGCAAAAUAAGAAAAUACUUGAGAAUCACGAUCAAAUAUUUCAAGAUGCUGAAAAAGAUUCUAUGGAGGAAAGCAACGUUUGCGGAAUCUACGAAGCACUGCUAAUGAAUCGAGCACGACUCAAUGGACAAAAUGCUCGUGGCAAAGUUGAAGGCUUGCGAGAGCUGCUUCUAAAUAAUUACAGCUUGGAAAAUGUCAUGGCAUUCUUCAAGACAGCUAACGAAGAGGCAUCGCUGCGGUAUUGA